CCCCGCUCCUUUUCCGACGUAAAAAGGCAGUUCCAGCUGCACAAAACUAUUGUUGAAAAAAACUUCAUUGUGAUUUGUGAAGCGUGAAAAUGGUGAUAUUACAUCACAUGUCUUGCACAAGCCCACUUGGCUCGGCGGCUUUCUUGCUAAUCCCCGGGAGUGGAGGCAGUGCCAUUUCACAUUCCUCAACUUCUUGCAUCCGUUAAAGUUGCCUUCUUUCUCUUAAAAUCUGCCUCCAAGUUAAGUCAAACCCAUCGGGCCUUGAUCCAGUAUGUUCUGCAAUUCAGAAACCAAAACAAAAACAGCAGCAAUGCAGCUCUACAGCCCCCUUUUCUUUCCCUUUUUUAAGAGACUGGCUCUUGGGAUAUGGUUGGUUUGGCUGCUUGGGAUUUUCUUGAUAGGUGUUAGCUUUUAUGCUACUCAGAUGUUGUCUUUUUCUGUUAAGGAUCAGUUAAAGAAGCCAAAGCUUUUUGGCAAUGGAUUUAGUGAUUCCUCUGGUCCCACGAUCACCAUAUUUGCUGCACCAAGACCUUUUGAGGGUUCAUUUGGAGAAAGACAGGGUCUCGCUAUCAGAUCAUGGCUAGGUCUAUCACCUGAUAUUGACGUUGUGCUCUUUAGCCAAGAUCCUUCUGCUGUCUUUUUUGCAACAGCCUUUGGUUCCAGGGUAUCAGUUGAGCCCAAUAUCGAUUUCACGUUCCUUGGGACGCCGUUUUUUCAUUCAAUGGUGGCCAAAGCACAGACAUCGAACUCAGAUGUUUCUGUGCUGAUUGAUCCAGAACUAAUUCUCUUUCCUGAUUUCAUUUCCACUUUGAGAUUUGCUCACAAACUUGAUCACGACUGGUUACUUAUUGCUUCAUCACAAAACUUGUCCUACUCUCCAGUUCGCUGGGGUGCGGACUGGAAGAAGUCAGUAGCCGAUGAAGGGAAGAAACUAACAAGCCAAACGGGGUUUUUGGCUCAGAAAUUGCAGAGGGAAUUGUGUGAAAGAAGAAUGCUAAUGGCAUGGAACAAUUGCAAUCUUCCGCUGCAUAAUGGAGUCUUGCCUCCUUUUUUGUACAGAAAGGGGAUUCACCAUCACUGGUUAUUAACUGAAGCCUUGUCGUCUGAUUAUAGGUUGAUUAUUGAUGCCACUUGGACCUUUUCAAAUACCUAUGUGAAUGAUAUAAACCACGUGUACUAUGAAUUAAUGGAAGCUUCCAACCAUUCAGAUAUUGAAAAGAGGAAUUGGGAGUUCAUGGGAAACAUUCACCUGGGGAAGCUUUAUGGGUCAUUUUCUUUUCACGAAGCUAAUUAUUCAAACUUGUUUAGAAUUUCUAAAUGUGGUGGGAACUAUCUUUUGAUAAACUCAGAACAAGAUGUUGCUUUUUCUCUGGGAGACCCGGUAUCAUUUAGUUUACGAAAUCAAGGUAUUUCUGGACCAUUAACAGAAAAGAAAAUUCUGAAUUGUCUUAAUGUAAUGAAGUCACGUCAAGGGGUUGAAAACUGUUCUCAGAAGGACCAGCUGCAGAGUUCUGACUCAAUUUCUCUUCCAUUCUCCUUAGAACAACUUCUUUCAAUGCGUGCAGACCAGAAUAAGACAAUUGUGCUAGCGGUUGCUGGAUAUAGUUAUAAGGACAUGCUAAUGAGCUGGGUCUGCAGACUACGCCACCUCCAGAUUUCAAACUUUUUGGUCUGUGCUAUUGACCAUGAAAUUUAUGAGUUUGCGGUUCUGCAGGGCAUACCAGUUCUUGAGUAUGCAGAUAUUCCAGCAAAUGUCAGUUUUGACGACUGCCAUUUUGGAACAGAAUGCUUUCAGAAAGUAACCAAAGUCAAGUCGAGGAUGGUCUUGCAGAUAUUAAAGCUGGGUUAUAAUGUACUAUUGAGUGAUGUUGAUGUGUAUUGGUUCAAAAACCCCUUGCCUUUGCUUAGUUCCUUUGGUCGUGCAACUCUGGUCGCACAGUCCGAUGAGUAUAACAUAACAGGACCAAUUAACUUACCACGACGCCUCAACUCUGGUUUCUAUUACGUUCAGUCAGAUGAUACAACAAUUGCAGCAUUGCAGAAAGUCGUGCAACACGCAUCAACUUCUAAUCUCUCAGAGCAACCUAGCUUCUAUGACACCUUAUGUGGUGAAGGUGGUUUCCAUCGUCUAGGUGAUGACAGAUGCUUAGAACCGGAAACAAAUAUGACUGUUCAUUUCUUGGAUAGAGAUCUUUUUCCAAAUGGUGCAUACCAAAAUCUGUGGGAGGAAAGAAAUGUCAGUGAAACCUGUAUGAAGAGGGGGUGUUUUGUUAUCCAUAAUAAUUGGAUUAGUGGGAGAAGGAAAAAGUUAGAACGCCAGGUGUUAUCAGGACUUUGGGAGUAUGAUGUUGGUACAAGAAUGUGUCUGCAAAAUUGGCACAGGACCACGAGGUUGACAAGCUAUUUUUAAACGAAGGUGGAUACUUGGUUUAUCUUCAUUUGAAGCUUUGAUAUUCACGUGGAGGAGAAUACAAGGAGGAAUUUGAUUGUCCGUAUAUACUUCCUUAAAGCUCUUGGAUUUGCCGCGGAUGUAAUUUGGGAAAAUGAUAAAAAUGCAAUAGACUGCCAUGAGACAAAGCCGGCAUUGACAAAGUUUAAUUACAUUGAAACUCCUGAUAAUCAAAUUCUCAUAGCCAUCGGACCAUAAUGCUAGCUAUUUCAAGGUGGGGACUUCUGGUUGCCAUCAAUGCUGAAGAGGUGGGCUCUUAAGUUUGGAUUAAUCAGGUACAAAGAGAAAGAAUCCAAAAGCAAUAAGGAACUAAGAGUUGCCAAUAUUUCACUUGAAUUAAGCAUACAAUUUAAGGAUACCACUGUCAGGAUAGUUCAUGCAGGUGGCCGGGAAGAGCGGUAUCAACAUCCAAUUCCUGCAUCUCUGUUAAUGGAGGAGCAUCCUGGGAUGUGCGUUGCCAGACCAGAUAUCUUCAAGCGGCCACAUGAAUCUGUUCUCUCUGCAGAUGAUUUUUUGUUGCCUGGGCAGAAGUACUACAUGGUACCCUGCACUACUGUUCGCAAAUUGAAACGUAGACACUUGCAGAAAGGGAAUGUCAAAAAACUCAAGGGAAGUGAGCAGCCACUGUUGUUGAUAAAGGAUGUUGCAGAUGUAGGAGCUGAGUGUUCAGAAGAAUUUGUUUGUUCUGCGAAGGACUUUUAUGUUUCCAAUGAUAGGCGGUCCAGUUGUUUGCUAAGAAGAACCUUCGAAGAGAAGAAGUCGUUCGUACCACCAAUCCAGAAGCCAAAACCAUGGAAGGAACUAGAGUGGGAGCCCAGCCUCACGUCUAUAGAGGAAAUUUCUCCAUGAAUUUGUCUUGCUUCUGAUUCUGGUGGUCACGUACUAGAGAAACUGUAUCUGGACUUUGCGUGCGCUCAGAUGCUUAUCAUGUUUCCUUGGAAAGAGAUCCUCGAAAUCCUUUUGUACUCUGCCUUGCCUUCCUUGGUCUUGUUCUAGAUUAAAAGUAUCUUUGUAAUACAAGGUGUAUCUCCUUCUAUGCUCUCCAUUCACCAAAUUUGCAUGUUUGUACUGAAUGAGGGUGAGGCAAAAAACAUGUUGUGAACAUCUUUGGUCAGUAAAAGGGAACUUUGUCUUUUCGUUUUGGCAUUAA